CCUAUUUUUGUUUCUCUUUAACAUAUAUAAACAAAAAAAAAGAUGUUGACAAGGUUUUGUUAUGGUUUACAACAAAAGACAUUUGCCUUAAAAAGACAGUCAAUUUCAUCAAGCGCUUUUCUCGUAAAGAAAGCUUAUUAUCAUGCAUUUUUUGAAGAUGAAGCAUCCGUAUUGCCCAAUAAAAUAGAACCUGCCAGUGCAUCCUUUAAGGAAAAUGCUGCAAAAAUGGAACUGUUGAUCAAUGAUUUAGAGCUCUUAACAGAAAGGAUAAAAUUGGGUGGAGGUGAAUCAGCUCGUAAAAGACAUUUAUCUCGUAACAAGAUGCUUCCAAGAGAUAGAAUCAAUCGUUUAUUAGAUCCAAAUUCACCUUUUCUUGAAUUAUCUACUUUGGCUGGUUAUCAACUAUAUGAUGAUGAAGUGCCUGCUGGUGGUAUCAUUACCGGUAUUGGUCGCGUCAAAGGUGUUGAAUGCAUGGUUGUUGCAAAUGAUCCAACUGUCAAGGGUGGUUCUUAUUAUCCAAUCACAGUGAAAAAACAUCUUCGCGCACAAGAAAUAGCUAAAGAAAAUAAUCUUCCUUGUAUUUAUCUUGUUGACUCUGGUGGAGCUAAUCUUCCUAGACAAGCGGAUGUAUUUCCUGAUCGAGAACAUUUUGGUCGUAUCUUCUAUAAUCAAGCAAAUAUGUCUUCACAAGGAAUACCUCAAAUAGCUAUAGUCAUGGGUUCAUGUACAGCAGGUGGUGCCUAUGUUCCUGCUAUGGCAGAUGAAAGUAUUAUUGUCAAAAAACAAGGUACUAUUUUCUUAGCAGGUCCUCCUCUUGUAAAGGCAGCUAUUGGUGAAUCUAUUAGUGCUGAGGAAUUAGGGGGUGCUGAUCUUCAUUGUCGUACCUCAGGUGUCACAGAUCAUUUUGCUUUAAAUGAUGAACAUGCUCUUGUAUUAGCUCGUAGAACGGUUAGUACUCUGAAUCGAGGGAAAAAGGCUGACUAUGUUACAAAGACAGCAUUUGAAGAACCUUUAUAUUCUCCUGAUGAAAUUGGAGGUAUUGUAGGUGAUAACUUGAAGAAACCUUUUGAUAGUAAGAAUAUCAUUUCACGUAUUGUGGAUGGUAGUCGAUUUGCCGAAUUUAAAGAAAAUUAUGGUACUUCCUUGGUUACUGGUUUUGCUCAUAUUCAUGGUUAUCCUGUGGGUAUCGUGGCUAAUAAUGGAAUUCUAUUUUCUGAAUCUGCUUUAAAAGGUGCUCACUUUAUUCAAUUAUGUUCUCAAAGAGGCAUUCCUCUUGUCUUCCUUCAAAAUAUCACAGGUUUCAUGGUUGGAUCUUCUGCUGAAGCAGGAGGUAUUGCCAAGAAUGGUGCUAAGCUGGUAAAUGCUGUUGCAUGUGCCAAGGUUCCAAAGUUUACUAUUAUUACAGGUGGUAGUUUUGGUGCUGGUAAUUAUGGUAUGUGUGGACGUGCUUAUUCUCCUCGAUUCUUAUGGAUGUAUCCUAAUGCUCGUAUCUCAGUUAUGGGUGGUGAGCAAAGUGCUAAUGUAUUGGCACAAAUUAAGAAAGAAAGUAAAGAAAAGAAGGGUGAAAGCUGGUCAGAAGAAGAGCAAGAAAAGUUUAUGGCACCUAUUCGUGAAAAAUAUGAAGCUGAAGGACAUCCUUAUUAUUCAAGUGCAAGAUUAUGGGAUGAUGGUGUCAUCAAUCCUAAAGAUACUCGUACAAUCCUUGGAUUAGCUAUCAGUGCUUCAUUAAAUGCCCCUAUAGAAAAGACUCAAUUUGGUGUUUUUAGAAUGUAAAAAAAAAAUAAAUAAAUAGAAAUCGGAAAUUUAAUAAAAAGAAUCCCUGGUUCAUAA